CCCCCUUGUCCCUUGCCGUCGUGCUGUCGCCCCUCAGGUCCCCCCGCGCCCCGCCCCGCCCCCGAGCCCCAUCCGGGGCCUACUGGACCCUGCUCGCCCUGCCCCCGGAUCUGGGCCCUGGAGUCAGCUCACUGCGCCGCAGACAGCGAACUUGGGUGGAAGUUAACAGGCAGCCGGAGAGGACUGGCCCUGAGGGCCUCACUGCGAAGGACGCCAGGACUGUGCUGCACGCGGAUCUGAGCAGCCACGUUUCAGGGUGGAGAGGGGAAAGCCAGGACUGGGAGCUCGAGACUGUGCUGUGGCUAGCGCCGCCUAGUCCAUGGGCUCGGAUAGACAUCAGCCGCGUAGGUAUCUCUUUUCAAGGAAAACAAAAGACAGAAGGAAGGAGCGGAACAAAGCAGAACAGUGCGCUCGGUUCUGCGUCACCCUGGCGGCCUCACCCGCAGCAGAGAUCUGCUGAGACCUUCGGAGGACGGGGCACCGAUUUCUCACACAAAUCACGCCAUGCUGUUUCCCAUUUGACAUCCAGUCCACUGUGACAGCGCUGGAAUAACUAGCCUGCUAAGAUGGCUACACAGCAAAGUGAAGAAGCAAACGCGCUCCCAGACCUCAAGGCUGGGCCCGGUGCCUCUUGCAACACUGUUUUCUUGAAUAACAUUCUUCAGUUACUUAAUAGCUGUGACCCAGUUGGGCUGAGACUUCAAAGCUAAGGAGUUCCUCCUUGGACAAACAGUACAAAUUCUUUUCUCUCUGUGGGAAUCAACAAUCAACAGAGGCCCCUGGCUAUGAAUUGUCCCCGAUGAUACAGUCACUUAGGGAGAGAGGAUUUUUUUUGGUACCGGAAAUCGAACUCAGGACCAUGUGCUUGUCAGGCAGGUGCUGGUGCCACUGAGCUAUAUUCCCCGGCCCGAUGCAGUCACUUUGGAUCACAGAUUCUAUUUUGGACGUGUGCUGGUUGUCAGCUCACAGUCUCUCUAGCUUUUCUCUCACCCUCACUAGCUGGCUGGGAAGAGAUGUGACCCUUUCACCUACAGCUUCUUCACGGCCCAGCCCAGGGGCUCUCUGCCAAGAAACACACAGGACUCAAAGGAAAGGACUCUAUUUCCUCUCCCACCCUUCUCCUCCCCUCCCCUCCCCUGCCCACACCCUGCCCUCCCCCUCCUGGAUAACUCAUUCAGUGGCUUGGCUGAA